GGCGAAUGAUUAAUUCUGUUGGCGUUGGAAUUUAGAAGUACAUGUCAGUUGAGUUGAUGGUGAACAAAUAUUUCCUUGAGCAGUGUCGUAUUUAUUGUUUAGGUUUAACAAAAUUAUUCUGUAUUAUUGUGACGACUUCCCUUGUACAUAAGCCAAAUGUUGAAUUAUUAUGAUUAUUAGCACAACUGCCUUUAAAUAAAUCUAGUUUUCAAAAUGGACUGUGCUGACCUGGUAUUCCUCCCACAAGAAAUCAUUGAACAAAUUUUAGAAUCAAAAGAAUUAUGUGUUAAUGAUGUUUUAAGUUUUGGAAACACUUGUUCUAUAUCUUGGCAGUUGGUGAGCAGCAGCAAUAAAUUAUGGAAGACGAAGUUCAAGCAAAUGUGGCCCCAGUUGAUGGUAAACGAAGCGUACAAGCGCCAUACUGUGACUGAUUGGUUCAAUGAGUUCCGAGAGCGAUGGGUGAUCGGACGCAAGACCAUGCAGCUGGUGGGGGAAAUGUCUGCUCAGUACAUCAAGUUUGAGGAACUCUCGAGUGCAGAAUUUUGGAAGUUCAAUGAUCUCUUCAAUGCAACCAGCCACAAGCUUUCCUUGACCUUCAUGAUUGAUGAGUUAAAAUUGUGCGUUAACCAAAAGAACAGAAAUACCAAUCUGACCAACAAAUACUACGGUAUGAAGGCACUGACACAUCUGAGACAAAUGGAAGUGGAGUCCAAAUGGGAGAAAUUCAAGGAUGCGCCUAUAGAAGAACAGAUCCUGGAGCGUGGAGCGGUUAUUGUUGCUCAGUGGUCCCAGCCAACGGUGGAAAUCACAGAUGAGUCUAUUGGCUCUCAGCUCAAUGCGAUUGCCGAUGAUGUUAAGAAGCAGCUACUAUCAGAGUACGGAGAGAAGCAUGCAGCACUGUGUGUACCACAUGAGGAGAGCCUGUAUUGGCGCACUCACAACAUUCCAGACAACUACUAUACCCCGUAUGUGUCCAGGCAGGUCAUCCAGGCUGUCUCACACGUGCUUUUUAAGGAAAUGGGCUUCAACGGCAAUAGUGAAAUGUACUACAGUAACGAGAACUCUUAUAUCAAUAAGGUACUGGAAAACCGCAGAGGCAUUCCCAUCACAUUGUCCAUCGUGUUUGAGAGCAUCAACAGACGCCUGGGUGUGAAAUGUGAACCCGUCAGCUUCCCCGGACACUUCCUGCUGCGCUGGAGGGAUACUUACAAGGACAGUUUGCCAACUCAGCACUUCUACAUAGACGUCUACAAUGGGGGAGUGUUUGUGGGGAAGGAAAGCUGUCCUCAGUUCGGCACCCCAGAACUCCGUUGUCCGAUGAGUGACAUCUUCCGCUUCGCUCCUGCCACACCACUGCAGGUUGUGGAGAGGAUGGCUAACAACCUAGAGAUAGCCGGGAGACAGCGAACGGACAUGAACGGGCGGUCUGUGCGGCUGCGCAGUGCACUGGAACUGAUACUUAUGGUGAACCCAUCCAACAUGUACUGUUUGCUACAGCUAGCGAGGUUAUACAUGCAGUUCAACAUGGAUGUCAGCCGGCUACAGGCUGCCUUCUCUACUAUCACUCAUUAUGAGGUAAGAGACAUGGGGCAUGCUGCGUAUGUUAUUAAUACUCUGAGAGGUUAUGAUGACACAUACCGUAACCAAAACAGGCAUGAGCCUUUGGAGGUAAAGCGAAGAGAGGGGAGCAAAGAGGCAGUGAAAUUUGCUGUGGGAAUGGUGAUGCACCACCGCCAGUACGACUACACCUGUGUGAUAAUCGGCUGGGACCCGUAUUGCCAAGCCAGUGAAGAGUGGAUGACCCAGAUGAGUGUACAAAGCCUCAGCCGAAGGAAUUGCCAACCCUUCUACCAUGUCCUAGUCAAUGAUGGGACCAACCGAUACGUGGCAGAAGAAAACCUGAAGGUGGAGCAGGAUCAUGAUUGUUGGGUUACGCACUGUGAUGUUGGUCGUUAUUUCGACACAUUUUGUCACACCCACUACCUUCCAAACCAGGAGAUGCUGCAGAGCUACCCUGAUGAUCCCCCCGUCGUCCGCAACUGCUUGCGGCUGGAGUAGCAUCGCUUGACACAGGCGGUCUUCUGAUGUCUCGACCGAUUCUUUAUUUUUGUUUAUGUUUUCAUAAACUUUUCCAUCUUGAUCGCUUGUCUCUACUCGAACGAGUAGCGUUAAAUAGGUAGAUAUUUUUUUAAUAGCUAAACUCAAGUUUAUAGAUAUUUUUUAAUAGCUAAACUCAAGUUUAUAGAUAUUUUUUAAUAGCUAAACUCAAGUUUAUAAAUGAACAUUUAAAAGUCAAGUGACUGCUGUAAAAGAAACAAUUAAAUUUAUACCUCCUGUUACCAUGGUUCUGCUCAAAUUUGAAUUAUACUCAUAAAUGUUUCAUAAAACAAUGUAGUAAAUACAUUUUGUUAAUAUGUCAAUUAAAGAUGUAUUAUUAAUUUUGAUAUGUAAUAUUUACAUAGAAUUUGUUAUAUUUUAGUUCUAAAACUAAAAAGGCAUAAGUAUUGUUAAUAAUUGUUCAGAUGGAAUAAGUUUAAUAUUCUUAAUUAGUUUUAUCCUGUAGAACAUAUUUUAACUUAUAAAGGAGAUGUAUUUUGUGAUAGAAUGGCUGUCCUUAGCAUCACAUUAAUGAUAAAUUUAAAAGAUAUUUAGUUUCAUAUAAAUGGUAGAAAGAACGAGUUUUGUAAAUAGUUGUACAAAGAAUUGUGCAGUGCAUAACCUUUUUUAGCCGAUAUACAUAAAGAUUUUGAUAUUUAUGCAGUGAUUACAUAUUUUUUAUUUUACAUAGUGUUAAUUUUGUUCCAAACUGUUGUUCUUAUUGUAUUGUUAAUAAAAUAAAUAAACCUCAUGUGAUAAUUUCA